GCUUCCUGAAGAAGAUUGCUGACGCUUUCAUAACACUACUCGGGUAUGAAGACUUAGAUGUCUGAUAUGAUGUCUACUUGAUUCCCAAACUAUGAAAUUUCUCUAUGGGAGUUUCUUAAGUCGAGGUUUCGAGGAAAGUUUCUGCUUGCGUAUUGAUAAUAACUUAAAUUGGUACAUAGAAAGGCAGGAUGGAUCACGAAAAGUUCUUUUUAAAUGCGAUAAUUCCUUGCCCCAGAACGCCAUGGGCGAAUGGCGGCAAUAUUGGAAUAUCCACAAUCUCGACUUAUGGUAGGGGUUCUAGUAGGACCUAGAUUCUUACAUGAUCAAAUAGAUAAAGGAGUAUUUCUCGUAUAUGUCAUGAUAAUAGACAAAACAUGC